ACAGAAUCAAUAUUAAAAUAUAUUAUCAAGUUGGCGUACCUAAGUCAUAUCGUUAUUGUUAUCAAAAAUGAUAAUUGAUAGUAACAAUAAUCAGUAAUAACAUUCAAGCAUUGCAAUUUGCAAGUAAACACUAAACAUGUAUUUUCUUAAUACUUCUUCAUUCGAUGUAACUUUAAUGUGACAAAAUCUGUUUUAAUAUCCCUUACAACACAAUGGAUGAAUUACCAAAAUUAGAACAUUUGUCAUUAGUUUCCAAAAUAUGUACUGAAUUAGAAAAUCAUUUGGGACUCAACGACAAAGAUUUAGGUACUAAAUGUUUUAAACAAAAUUAUCAUACACCUACUUAAUAUUAUUAUUGAUGUUAAAUUAAUUUGUGUUAUUUAUUGUUUAUCAGCCGAGUUCAUCAUUGAUUUAGCUUACAAAAACGACACAUUAGAAACAUUUAGGAAAGCACUCUUGCAAAAUGGUGCAGAAUUUUCAGUUAGUUUUUUUUCUAGUAUUUCUAUAAUUAUUAUUUUAUAGGUAUAACUUUCUAAAUUGUUUUGUUAUUUACAUUUUUUCAAGGAUUCAUUUAUUGCCAAUUUAUUGCGUAUCAUUCAACACAUGCAACCGAAAACAUCUAAACAAUCUGAGACAAAAUCAAAUAAAACUGAAACAAAUGAUACACUAGCAUGUAAAUUUCCUGGUUUAGCUAUUCCUAAUGAAACAAUUGUUAGUGAAGUAAAUGAUCCUAUCGAUGAUGUUAUGGCUGAAUUGGAAGCUUUUGCUCCAAAUAAUAUGACCAAGUAUGAUAUAUAUUAUUAUUUUAAAAAAAAAUUAUAAUUAUAAUUAUUAAUGUAAAAAAAAUAUUUAUAGUGAUGUUAAAUAUAAAACCAAUGAUUUAAAAACUUCAAGUUCAAAACAUGUAUCCAGAAGUCGAUCUAAAAGUCGUGAUAGACAUCAUAGAAGACACAAUUCUAAAAAUAGAAGUAGAAGUCGAGAAAGAAAUCGUAGAAAUAAAAGUCAUGAUAGAUAUAAAGAUAAGAGUCGGGAUAGACAUCAUAAUGAUAAGUCAUAUCGUGAUAGAAGUCGAGAUCGUUACAGAAAUAGAAGUAGAGAAAGAAGAAGGGAUCGGAGUAAUGAUCGUAACAGAAACCGUGAUAGACAUGACUAUCGUUCUAGAAGAAGUAGAAGCAUAGAUGAAUCAAGGAAAGAAAAGUACAAUAAAGAGUAUGUAUUUGCAUAGAUUUUAAUCACAAUUUGUAUGAUAUAUUAAUUUUUUAAAUAUAUAAUAUGUAUUUAAAAUUAACUAAUUAAUAUUUUACUGAUUUUUUGAGUAGAAUUGUACCCAAGAGCAAAUUUCCUGAAAUAGGAAAUGUGUAUGCUGGAAAAGUAUUGAAUAUUGUAGAUUUUGGGUGUUUUGUACAGUUGGAUCAAUUUCGACAAUCUCAGGGACUUGUGCAUAUAUCACAAUUACGACAAAAAGGAAGAGUGACUUCUGUAGCUGAUGUUGUUUCAAGAGGUGAAAAAGUUAUGGUAAGUUUUUUUUAUGUCUUACCACAAACUUUAGUGUUUUAAUCUAGUGAGUUAACAAAUGUAUUAUGUAUUUAUUAUUAUUUUAUACUUGCAGGUAAAAGUUUUAUCAAUAGGUAAUAACCAAAAAAUAUCUUUAUCCAUGAAAGAUGUUGAUCAAGAAACCGGUGAAGACUUAAACCCAAUGAUCCGUCCUAGUGAUUUAGAGUAAACGAAAAAAUAUAUUGUGUAAAAUAACUUUUAUAAACCAAAUCUAUUAUUUUAGUGAGGAGGAUGAUAUGACAGGUGGUCGUAACCCUGAUAGACCUACUUCCUUAUUAGAACUACAAACAAUUGCUGAUGCAGAUGAAAUGACAAAUUUAAAACGAAUGAAUAAAAUAUCAUCUCCAGAGCGUUGGGAAAUAAAACAAGUAUACAUACAUAUAAAAUCACUUUAUAUUUUGAUUUCUAAUUCUAUUAUUACCUUUAGAUGUUGUCAGCUAAUUGUAUUGAUAAAAGUGAACUUCCUGAUUUUGAUGAAGAAACUGGUAUCUUACCCAAGGAUAAUACUGAAGAAGAACAAGAUAUUGAAAUUGAAAUUGUUGAAGAUGAACCUCCGUUUUUACAUGGUCAUGGUAGAAAUCUUCAUGAUCUUAGUCCUGUAAGUAAUUAAAGUGUAAACAAAACUUUUUUAACACUUAAAAUUAGUAUUAUUUAUUUCAAUAAACAAAAGUAAUAUGUUUAUAAAUAGUAUAGUAUAACAAUAAUAAUAUGAAUAGGCUAAUAUUAAAAUAUUAAUAUGUAUUUUUAUAUAGGUUCGUAUUGUUAAAAAUCCAGAUGGAUCUCUUGCUCAAGCAGCCAUGAUGCAAAGUGCAUUGUCAAAGGAACGACGAGAAGUUAAAAUGUUACAGCGUGAACAAGAAAUGGACUCUGUGCCAAAAAAUGUUACUAAAAAUUGGAUUGACCCUCUACCAGAUAGUAAGUGAUAUUUAUUUGUAUUUGUUUAAAUUAAUUUGUAUUCAAAUAUAUAACAAAUUAUAGAUGAGGGCCGGCAAUUGGCUUCAAACAUGCGAGGAAUUGGUUUAACUACACAAGAUGUACCAGAAUGGAAAAAACAUGUUAUUGGUGGUAAAAAAAGUUCAUUUGGAAUGAAAACCAAUUUAACUCUAUUGGAACAGAGACAAAGUUUACCAAUUUACAAACUCAAGGAUGAGCUCAUUAAAGUAAUUACUUUAUUUAUUGAGUUUUUUUUUUUUUUUAAAUCAGAUCAUUUUUAGUCAUAUUUGUGUAAAUAAUUUUAUUCUUAAUAUUAUUACUAAAGGCUAAUGAAUUCAACACUCCCAUUACAAGCUUUGCUUACAGAGUGUUGAAUGUUGCAUAUUGUUUUGUUUAUAGUAUGUGUACUAAUUUUGCAAAAUAAAUUAUAUUAUUAUAAUAUUGUUUCUUAUAGGGGUUCUUUUUCAAUAAUGUUUAUAAUUCAUAAUUAAUAAAAUUGUAAAAAUAUAUAUUAUAUUUAUUUCCUUCUUUAGGCUGUAACUGAUAAUCAAAUUCUAAUUGUUAUUGGUGAAACUGGUUCAGGAAAAACAACUCAAAUCACUCAGUACUUAGCAGAAGCUGGAUUCACAUCAAGAGGUAAAAUUGGUUGUACUCAACCUAGAAGAGUAGCAGCCAUGUCUGUGGCAAAAAGAGUAGCUGAAGAAUUUGGAUGCAGAUUAGGUCAAGAAGUUGGUUACACUAUUCGUUUUGAAGAUUGUACUAGUCCAGAGACUGCUAUAAAGUAAAAAAUUAAAUACAUAUAAAUUUGUAAUAAUAUAUUUAAUAUACUUUAAAUGAUUCAAAUAAAAUAUUUUUUGUUACAGAUACAUGACGGAUGGUAUGUUACUACGAGAAUGUCUAGUAGAUUUUGACUUAAAAAACUAUUCUGUGGUCAUGUUGGAUGAAGCUCAUGAAAGAACAAUACAUACCGAUGUUUUAUUUGGAUUAUUAAAACAAGCUGUUACCAAAAGGAAAGAACUAAAACUGAUUGUAACAUCUGCAACUUUAGAUGCUGUGAAAUUUUCACAGUAUUUUUUCGAAGCUCCAAUAUUCACAAUUCCAGGACGUACAUUCCCUGUCGAAGUGUUAUAUACUAAAGAACCUGAGACUGAUUAUUUAGAUGCAUCGCUUAUUACAGUUAUGCAAAUACAUUUACGAGAACCACCUGGUGAUGUACUACUUUUCUUGACUGGUCAAGAAGAAAUUGAUACCGCUUGUGAAAUAUUGUAUGAAAGAAUGAAGUCUUUAGGACCUGAUAUACCUGAGCUGAUUAUUUUACCAGUUUAUUCAGCUCUACCUAGUGAAAUGCAAACUCGAAUUUUUGAAGCUGCUCCUCCUGGAUCUAGAAAAGUAUGAAAUACUCAAUCUCUUAUAUCAAUAUUUAUUUUAAUUAAAUUAUUUAAGUUUUGUUUCUCGAAAUAAUUUAAAUGAAAUAAAAUGAUCAUAAUCUGGUUACUUUAGGUUGUAAUUGCUACAAACAUUGCUGAAACCUCAUUGACAAUUGAUGGUAUUUAUUACGUGGUCGAUCCUGGAUUUGUAAAACAAAAAGUCUAUAAUUCAAAAACUGGUAUGGAUUCUUUAGUUGUUACACCCAUUUCACAAGUAUGUCUGUCUGCAAUAUGAUUUUUAUGAUCCAUUGUUAAACAUAGGCAUUACUUAAAGUAUGAUAAUUUACUUAUAGGCUCAAGCUAAACAGAGAGCAGGACGUGCUGGCCGUACCGGACCAGGUAAAUGUUAUAGACUCUAUACAGAAAGAGCAUAUCGGGAUGAAAUGUUGCCCACACCUGUGCCUGAAAUACAACGUACAAAUUUGGCAACUACAGUAUGUUAUUGAAUAUCUUAUUAUAUCUAUGUCAUAAAAUUUUAAUGGAAUACUUGUGUUUUACAUUAAGGUAUUACAACUAAAAACUAUGGGUAUUAAUGAUUUACUCCAUUUUGACUUCAUGGAUGCCCCACCAGUUGAAAGUUUAAUCAUGGCUUUAGAAUCGUUGCAUUCUUUGAGUGCAUUAGAUGAUGAAGGUUUACUCACCAGAUUAGGAAGACGGGUAUAUACAUAUAUAUAUAUAUAUAUAAAAAUUUAACAAUUUUAAUAAUCAACACUAAUUAAAUUUAUAUUUUACAUAUUGCUUUAGAUGGCAGAGUUUCCAUUGGAACCUAACCUUUCAAAAAUGUUGAUAAUGUCUGUUCAUCUUCAAUGCUCUGAAGAAAUAUUGACCAUUGUGUCUAUGCUUUCUGUCCAGAAUGUCUUCUAUAGACCAAAAGACAAACAAGCAUUAGCCGACCAAAAAAAAGCAAAGUUUAAUCAAGUUGAAGGAGAUCAUUUAACACUUCUCGCUGUAUUUAAUUCUUGGAAAAACAAUAAAUUUAGUAAUGCUUGGUGUUAUGAGAAUUUUGUCCAAGUGCGUACUUUAAAACGAGCUCAAGAUGUUCGUAAACAAUUACUUGGUAUUAUGGACAGGUAAUAUACCAUAUUUUGAUAUGUUAUGCUAUGUUAUAUUUAGAUAUUGUAUCUAUCAUAUUUUACUUCUAAAAUUUGCAGACAUAAAUUGGAUGUUGUAUCAGCUGGUAAAAAUACAGCUCGCAUACAAAAAGCCAUUUGCUCUGGAUUUUUCCGCAAUGCAUCUAAAAAAGAUCCACAAGAAGGAUACCGUACUCUAGUUGAUGGACAAGCAGUUUACAUACAUCCUAGUAGUGCAUUAUUCAACAGACAACCUGAAUGGUUAGUAUUGAUAAACAUUGUAAUAUUGAAUAAUCAAGGUUUGUUAUGAUACUAAGAAAAAAGUAUCUUGAUACAUACUACAAGAUACAUUACAGAACUAGAAAAGGUAUAUAACACAAAUAUCAAAGUUAUGAAAAAAAAGGUGCAAGAUAUUUUCAAUUUUUAUUGGCAUGAUUCAAAAUUGUUUUGUUAAUUAUAUUGUUAUUACUUAUGGUUUUUUAGGAUUAAAAGUACAAAAUAAAAUGUAAUGAUACAUGAAAGCAAACAUUUUGUGUUAAAUAUCAUUCUGCAUUCAUACAUACAACAUAAUAUUUAGAUGUUUAUUAAAUAUUAUUUAUACCGAUUUAAAAUCUAAUCUUUUAUAUAUAUAUAUAUAUAUUUCUAAGUAUAUUGUAUCUUUUAGUACAAAAAGAUAUAGUAAAAAGUAUCUUAAUGGAGGAUAAAUUACAUAAACUAAAACAAAUACAAGAUAAAAUUAUUUCUUUGGUACAUAUACUUAAAAUAAUAAAUGUAAUUAAUUAUUAGGGUGAUGUAUCAUGAGUUGGUUCAAACUACCAAAGAGUACAUGCGUGAAGUAACAACAAUUGAUCCAAAAUGGCUCGUAGAAUUUGCACCAGCCUUCUUCAAAUUCUCCGAUCCGACCAAAUUAAGCAAGUUCAAAAAGAACCAACGACUGGAACCACUAUAUAACAAAUAUGAAGAACCAAAUUCGUGGCGAAUUUCCAGAGUACGGAGAAGAAACUAAAUAUUUUCCUUUUCUUUAUGUGAACAUUACUAAAUUAAUAAAUGUACAAAUA